GCCUCCCGCCCUUGGCCCCGCCCACCCGGCUGCGGCUGAUUGGCGGCGCCCAGGCCUUGCUGUUAACUUUGAUGUUGAUUCCCAUUUCGGGUGGUGGAUCUCGGUUUCCUAUUAACUACAGCUCCACCUCUGUCUUUCUGUCACCGAGAGCACUUGCCGAGUGGUUUAAAUGUUCUUCCUGGAGGAGGGUGUUACUCUGUGGAGUGAGUUUUCAGGCUGGAGGCCGCUGCUGUUUAUCAUGUUGCUGGUAGUCGGGGCCUUCAUCGUGGCCUUCGUCCUGCUCCUGUACAUGGUUUCCCCACUCAUCAGCCCCAAACCCCUCAAACUCAACGGCUCGCACGUUGUGGUGACAGGAGGAUCGAGUGGUAUUGGGAAAUGUAUUGCCAUUGAGUGCUUCAAGCAUGGUGCUUUUAUAACCCUGGUGGCUCGGGAUGAGGGCAAACUUCUGCGUGCAAAGAAAGAAAUUGAGAAGCAUUCAAUUAAUGAUAAGCAGGUAGUAUUGUGUAUAUCUGUUGAUGUGUCAAAAGACUAUGGACAAGUGCAAAGUGUGAUUAAACAAGCACAAGAGAAACUAGGACCAGUCGACAUGCUCGUAAACUGUGCUGGAAUAUCUGUUGCUGCAAAGUUUGAAGAUGUUGAUGUUGGCUUUUUUGGAAGGUUAAUGGAGAUCAAUUAUCUGGGUAGCGUAUAUCCUACUCGGGCAGUCAUUCACACCAUGAAGGAAAGGAGAAUGGGAAGAAUAGUGUUUGUGUCCUCCCAGGCAGGUCAAGUGGGGUUAUUUGGUUACACAGCCUACUCGCCAUCCAAAUUUGCUCUGCGUGGAUUAGCUGAAUCUUUGCAAAUGGAGGUGAAGCCAUACAAUAUCUACAUUACAGUUGCUUAUCCUCCUGACACAGAUACACCUGGCUUUCAAGAAGAGAAUAAAGUCAAACCUUUGGAGACCAAAUUGAUCUCUGAAACAUCAGGACUAUGUCAGCCAGACCAAGUGGCAAAAAUCAUUGUAAAAGAUGCAGUGCAAGGGAACUUUAACAGCUCGGUUGGUUCUGAUGGUUAUAUGCUAUCAGCACUCACCUGUGGUAUGUCUCCUGUCACGACUAUUACAGAGGGUCUUCAGCAGAUUGUUACCAUGGGCCUUUUCCGCACAAUUGCUCUGUUUUACUUGGGAAGCUUCGACAGCAUUGUACGCCGCUGUAUGAUGCAGCAAGAAAAGUGUAUAGACUUGGAAAAGAAGGAUUAACCUCAGUUUGAUUUUGGAGGCUGAGGAUCAGACUUUGAAAGAUGAAUGUUUGAAGGAAAUGUUUUGAUGAACAAUUACUUUAUUCCUUGCCCCUCCACUCCUGGUCUCAGUGGCAUCAAGUCAUCCUUUGGGUUGGAGUGGGGUCAGCUGGGUGGUAGAAAGAGAAGACCACAAAAUGGGAGUUACUGGUAUAUUAGCAGUACAACUCUGAUGCCUUGAAUGGAAAUUGCAAUGUAAUUUAUAACCAGCAUUGAUUGGCAGGGGUGCAUGUCAAAGGCUACAAAUCAUAAAAGCAUCUAUUUUUUUUUAAAUGUACUGUGCUGACACUAUUUUUGUAAUUGGUCGACUUUUCUCUUUUCCCCCCAACUAAAUUAAGUUAGAAAGUUCUGCUUUUGGUUUAUGUCCACCCGUUUACUUUUGGUGAUUCAUUAGAAUUGGCAAAGGGAAUGUUAUUUUACCUUUUUUUUGGUCUUGUAACUUGUUUAUCUAGCUUUGAUUGGCUGUGCCACCAUUUAAAAUUGAAUUCUAUUGUAUGUUUUAAAGUCCUAAAGGGUAUGUGUUGUAUAACAGAGGUGACCAUAUGUUCGGUGGGAUAGUUGCUAACCAUUCAAAUGCGACCCCCAAUAUUGUAUUUGGUGAAUACCUUCAUAAAAACUCAAUUUUUAAAGUCUUCACUAGGUUCAUGACCCUUUGAUACUAACUGGGAAACAUUUUCCAUUUCAAUUCAUUAGAGUUUGCAGUUAAAAUUCUGAGUAAUUCAUUAAAUUGAGGUACGUAAACCAUUGAAUAAAAUACUUUGUAUUGCAGUUACUGUUUUUCUGUGAAAUAGCUAAACUGUACCACUAUGUAGCAUGAUGCACCACUUAAUUUGUAGUGUUUUCUUUUUAAACUUGUUUGGAUUUAAGCAUUGACCAAUGAUAAUUUCUGCAGCCUCAUAAUCUAAUAUUCCCAGUUUGAAGCCUUUUCUGUAUAAAUCUAUAAUCUGUUUCUGUAGAACUCUUGUUAACCCACUUAAAAACUAGUUGGAGAAAUGGAUAAUGCCAUAAUUUAUGCAUUGAAAGAAUUGCAUUUACAUAGUGCUUUUCACAACCUCUGGACAUCUCAAAGCUCCUUACAGCCAAUUAGGCACUUUUGAAGUAUAGUGACUGUUGUAAUGUAGGGAAAUGCAGCAAACAAUUUGUGCACAGCAAGAUCCCACAAACAUUAAUGUGAUAAAUUACCAGGUAAUCUGUUAACAAUGUUGAUUGAGGGCAAUGUACCCUUUUUUUGUAGUGUGGGCAAUCUGUUUAAAUGUGCAGCCUCUAAUUUGUUUUGUGCAGCUAUGCACGUGAGGUAAAUCAGUUGCGCAACUUAGAGUAAACAUAGUUGGGGGAUAAAUAAUGGCCAGGAUAUUAGGAAGAACUACCCUGCUCUUCAAAUGAUGCUGACAGACCUUUUGCAUCUACUGGAGAGGGUUCAUGGGGCCUUGGCUUCAUGCCUCAUCUGAAAGAUGGCACCUCCAACAGUACAGUAGUACUGUACUUGAGUGUCAGCCUAGAUUUGUAUGUAAGUCUUUACUGAAGGAACUCUCAACCUUCUGACUUGGUGAGGUGCAAAUGCUACCUCCUGAACAAAGGCUGAUACCAUUAUUGAAUCUUAAGCUUCAUUAAAGUGAUUAAUAAAGAGAAGAUAUAUCUUGGAAUUUUUAGAAUUUUUUUUUUUAGAAGCUACAAGAUGUAACCUUAUUUAUUUGAAAGUUGAGUUUAGGUAGUCUCAUUUGAUCUGUGCCACUUAAUAAACCUUUUUUCAGUUUAUACACUGUGGACAUACCCAUGGGUGCAAUGCACACAAUCUAUGACCUGGUUCUUGGAUCAUAACAAACAUAAACUAAAGAACUUGAAUUUAUAUGAUGCCUUUCAUGACCAGACAUAGGUUUUCAGACUGGAGUUCAAGUGAUCACAGGGCAGUCCCUGAGAUUAUCAAAAUUCUAUAGUUUAUCGGUUGAUUGUCAAAUGUUACUUCUGUUCCUAUAAUGUAAAAAAAAAUUUACACAGUUUUCCUUUGCAUAGGAGGCAUUAGGACAGAGGGCUUAGAAUAGUGUUAAUUAUUUGUAGAGGUUCCACAUGUUUCAACGGCACUGCUCCAUAAUAUAUCUUGGAAUUCUGUAGCAGAACCCUGUUAGUUUCAGCUUUUAACUCUUAUUAUCUGGUAAUUGGUGAGGUGUAUUUGUUGUUUAAAUUGAUCAGAAAUGAAUAGGAGCUUUGUCAGCAUGACCAUAAUACUUUGUUAAUGGACUCCACCUUGUACUAAAACAAAACCAUUUUACUGAAUGUUCUUUCCAGUACUCUAUCACUGCAAUGUUAAAAUGCUGGCGUAAUGACUUGAUUGCACCAAAAUUUGCAUUUUUCUUGUUAUAUAUCCAGGCAAUAAUGGUUCAUUUUACCAUCCUAUUUUUCACGACCUACCUAUUUAGUGCACAAGUUAACUCUACGAUUAUAGAUGAGUGUGAGAAAAGAGGUAAAAACAGGAAAUAUUAUGGAAGGUUGCCAGUAUUAUUUUAGAAUAUUUUUCUUUGAGGUAUUGAGCAAAAGAGAAUACAGGGUAUAUUAUUUUUCUGGCAAUGUUAUAUUCCUGAAAAACACUUUUUUAUACUGUGCUGCUUUGUCCCCUACCUCUUGUCUAAAAAAGGGGGGAAAAAACACUAAUAUCUAAACAUUUAAAAUUAGCUCUGCUGCUCUCAGGUUAUAUACCUGCCACCUUUGGAAUUUGAUUCACUGUAAACUAUGCAUGGUUGACUGCUAAUGCUUAAAAUCCAAUAUUAUAAACAUGUUCAUGAACUUUAUUUUCUUCAACUGUAGCUAAAUACAAGUGACAAAAUUAAAUGGGAUGUGGACCCAUUAGAAAGCCCUGUCGGAAUACAGUCAAUAUUAGAAUCAAACCAAAUACUUUCAAUAGUUUGCUUGAAAAAUAUUCUAUUUUUAAAAGUUAUCUUUUUGAUAACAGAUGUUGAUAAAUAUUCUCUCUGCUGUGAUUAUAUUUUCUGGGGUAAUAGUGGCUUGUUUUACAUUUUUGAUGGAGCGUACAAGUUGGUAUUCGAUGCUGUAUCACAACACUUGAUAUGUCGCCUGGUUCAGUACACAAUGGUCUGGAUAAUUUUGACUGAUUCCACCAUUUCAUCUGGAGCUAAGAUUUCAUUUAUUGUCUAACUUUAGAAAUGUGUCUAAAAUUCCAUUUUAGAUAGGUAUGCUGUAUUCACUGAAACCUCUUAAAAUGGCCUUAUAUAGAUAGUAAUGGAAGGUUCCCCUUUGCAAUUUUCUUUCUGUUCUAGUACUUUGCUCUAGGCAUUCCUUAGACCACAGCUCUUGGCAUUUAAUUGAGAGUUGCUUAGCUAAUUGAUCUCUAGUUCUGCCAGGAAUACAGUAUUUUUUUGGUAUCCAGCAAGCCUGUUAUUUUGAGGGAUGCGAGAUAUUUUCCCUCUAUUAGACUAUAUAUUUUUAGGGAAUAAACUAUAAUUGGUGGGCAAAGUUUGCCUAAGCCAUGAUUGUUAACUCCCAUCUGUCACCUGCAUGCGCUUGACAUUUUACAAAGGACAGUGGUUUUAAAACUGUUGGAAAUUCUAGAUGAGUACUGAGUACAGCACAGAAACCAACCAAUUCACCUAUUAAGUUUAUGCCAAUGUCUUUCGCCACAUGAAGUACCUAAUCUAAUUGUACUUCUGCUUGCUCCACAUCCCUGUUGUUAAGCCUCCUUUUUCAAGCAAAUAAUUAAUUUGUAAAAGAAAAUUUUUAUGAACUUGCUUCAACAAUAGGUUGUGGCUAAAAAUUCCACAUUCUAACUGCCCAUUUAUUAUUAUUUUAAAUAUGUGCCUUUUUUGCUGUCUUUUCAGGCAGUAGAAACAGUCAUUACCUUCUAAUCCUUAAUCUUGUCAAUCCGAUCGCCUCUUAAUUUUCUCAACUCUGAGGUGGGUGGGGGGCAACUUAUGAAAUCUCUCCCUUCAUUCCCUAACUGCUUUAUCAUGACAAUAUAUUAGUACAUCUUCUUUGCAACUUUUUCCAUUACUUCUAUAUCCUUAUAAUCUGACACUGAAAACUUUAUAUGGUAGAUAUCAGAGAUAUAAUAAAAUCUUGGACACGAUUUUAGUAGAAAUAAAGAUGAGGCUAACAGUAAGAUAAGAGGAAAAUACUGUGGAUGCUGGAAAUCUGAAAUAAACCAGAAAAUGCUGGAAAAACUCAGCAGGUCUUGCAGCAUCUGUGGAGAGAGAAUGCUUCGCGUCUAUGAAUCUGUCCGUAUGACUCUCCACAGAUGGGGAACUCUUCCCCACCACAAGUUGCUGACCCAUUUGCACAUUGGUAAUUGCAUAAUGUCAUUCACAUUGCUAUUUUCAGCAAACUCUUGGCCAUUUAUGUGCUCAAGGUUGACCCUGUGGACAGUUAUGAUCCCUGUUGAGACCAAUAACUUAAAAAAAAAUUAGAACUUCCAGUUAAUAGCUGAAAGAAUGAUACGUCAAGAUUUCACAUUUUAAGAUGUUUACUGUAACAACAGACUAAAAGCGCUAUUGACAAUAAACUUAGACUUUACCACAGAACAGAAUUCCUCCCCCCUUAUUUUUAGCCCAACCGAGAAACCACAGUUCAUAGGUAUACUUUGCACUGUUCUUUUACUUAGAUGUUCAAUCUUCCCAGAAUCAAUCCAAAGUGAUUCUUGGCUCCCAAGGGUUUUAUUCCUGUUCUUUUUUUCUCUCUCAGCCUCGUAAUUUGCAAUCUUCGACGCUCUUUCGCAGUGAGGUUUCUUCCCAGAGAAUCUCCCACUAGCCCAAGCGAGAUGACACUUCAGCCUUGUUUUAGUUCCAACAAAUUUCAAUCCUUGUUUUAGUUCCAAAAAAUUUCAAUCCAAGUGUGAACUUCCACCUUUAUUCCUGCGUGGUGAACCAUAGAGACUUUAUGGCCCUCUAUCUGCUCCCCCUCUCCUGCAUCUAGGCAGACUCCAAAUACUAAUAUUUGGUGAUAUUCUCGGAAAGCCUGCAACCUGAUCUUUAAAUGAAUACUCUGCAUUCUUCCCCAUGGCAGUGUGACUCAUGUGGGCCUUCUGUAUCUAGGUAGAAAUGCUGAUUAGCUAUCCUUGAGAUGACUUUCACCUUGAAACUAAAUGGACAGUUUUAAACACAACAUUCUUGACCCUUUUCUGGGAUAUUGGGGACUCUCAAUCUCCACUGUUAACACAGGUUGCUGCCAUUUUCUUUAAACAUAAAUACCUUGCAUCAUCUUCCCAGUAAAACAAUUUAAGCCUUCCUUUAAUCUCUGAAGGUGUGGACUGCAGGUUGGGGAAUAAUUCCAUAAUUAUUCACUUCAAUCAUUAUUCAUGUAUAUAAUUUCAAAUACUCCAGAUUUUAACAUUUUUCUGUUUGCACCAAAUUUUGUAUUAUACCAGUGCUUUACUUUUGUAUUUUGAAGAAAAAAAUAUAUAGAGCCAAAGCAAAGUAAAAUCCUCACAUUGUAAAACCAGUGGAUGAAACGUUAGACGAAAGAAAGCCAGGAAGCGGAGAUUUGAGGAAAACCAAACUGGAGAAUCAUGGAUAAGAUUUUGAGUUGAUAUAUUUUAUUGGGUUAAUCCAAAAACUGGAAGAUCUGGUUGUGUGCCUUGGUGGUCUGUUUUCCUCCACAGACAUCCAAGGAUAUUUCCAUUGUGAGAUCAGGACAGUUUUCCCUUCCAUAACCAGGAGUGGUGAAGCUAAUUGUUACUCUGGUAUUUCCUCUUUUAACUGUCAUUUUAAAUUUCGUCUUUGCCUCUCUCCAUCACUUUUAAGGCCUAAUUUAAAACCCAUUUUUUUGACCACACUUUUUAACCCCCUCCUAAUAACCCAUUUAUGCCUAAUUACCGCCCCCAGAAACACACUGGAAUGUUGUACCUUUAAUACAGUAAUUUUUAAAUGCAUGCAGCUCUAUGAAUGUGUAAGGCACCCAUUUAUAUCAUUAACCAGAAAAGGUACAUGGAAGUUCUGCUUUGCUUGCUGUGAUAUUGGAUAUGUCAAUCAAGAACUUCAACAUCUACAUUUGUUUCAUUCCCAUUAACUCAAAUUAUGUGCCAGUCUUUUAUUUAAAAAUGAACUGCAUCAAAUGUAUGUUAACUGAAUCAAUUGUUCGUUGUUGUCCAUGGAAGAUCAUACACUUCAGAGUGUCUGUUUCUAUUGAUUGCAUUAUAGAUAUUGCAAGAUUGAAAAUUUUACAGAAAUACCCUGUAAAAAUGCUAAGGCUGCGUCUCAGGCUUUUUUUCAGUAACCAUUCCUAACCAUGCCUAAGAUUACUAAGCGAAUUUAUGAUGACUAAAAUUUUUUCUCUAUACUGUACUAUGGUUACAAUCUCUGUUAUUCACCCUAAUGGAACUUGAGGCAAUUUGUUUUCAGUUUAUCAAAGUCUUAUUCUAGGAAUUUGAAUACGUUUUCAGCAAAUUAUAUUCUAGAUCAGCAACUGAAAGAUGCACUUCAGAAUUAGUUACUUGCCAGUUUCUUUUCUCUCUCCUCUCCAUUUUUUAAUAACGAUAUAAAACAGCGAAGAUGGAGGCAGAGUUUAAGAUUCUAGUAUGUAGUUUUGAAGUUACACAUUUAGGCUAUAGCUAGAAUGAAAAACGUAUAAAACCAUGCACCUGAAAAUAUACUAAAACUUACUGUGAUUCACUUGUGUAAAAUUUCUGUUAGUGUUCUUAAUGAAAAAUAAAACGACCUUUUUUUUUAGAAAAAAAACUAUCCGAUUUAGAGCAUAACCCCCAGCCAUGUAGCUAAGUCCUGGCUUGAUGAAGUAAUUUUGUGUCUACCUAUAAAAAUGUAUUCGGGUUUACUUGCACACACGUUCAUUUCCUUGAGGAGAAGUGUGGAAGAAGGGGAAUAGAAUAUUAAAAUUUGCUUGAUUUGUAGGCUAAUCAAAAUGCUGCAAAAGAGAGAUAAGAGGGGAGAUAACCAUCCUGAAAAGAAACCUUUUAUACUUGGUGAUACAAACCUAAUGGUGCAGAAUGCACACUGGGUGCAUUACAAACCUAGGGACCCAAUUUUUGUUGGUGCCCUGUCUUAACCUUGUUAUUUCCUCCUGAUUCUUUAGGUUACUGUGUCAUGACAGGUGAUUGCUUUUAAAGACUUUCUUUUUUGUUGUUCUUGAGGCUGCCCAUUUACCAGAUGUGAUGGUGUACCACACUAAUUUUGACUAAGUUUUCCUCCCUCAGAGGCUCUGGUGAUGAAUCUCCAAAUAUACGUGCCUAUGAUUUGGAAUCACAUUGAAGGAGGAAUGAAGAGGGAGGACCUGUUAUUUAAUCCGUUUGCCGCACGACAUUCAUGUGCUAACACGUGGUUAAACCCAAUUUGGCUUCCGAUUUACUUGGUUUAGUGCAUUUUUAAUGUAAAAUGACAGGUUUGGUGGUUAAUAUUCCUAUGAUAAACACUUCGCAAAUCGUAGCUUCUAUCAGCAAGUGGAAGUAACUGGCAGUUGCCUUGAAAUAUUUUUAUAUUUUAAGAGACUGAAUUGUUGCUGUUAUUGUUAUCAAUUUCAAAUAUUUAGUGCUUCUAUUUGUUUUGAUGAGAAAAUAAAUAAAAUAUUGAGUGUUCACCGUAUAGCAACAAUGCCAUUUUAUCUCCAUAUUUAAACUCAUUGCUGUUUACGUAAUUCGGACUCAUCUUAAAUAUAAUUUAAUUUUUUUACUGUCCAUGAAUAAUACUGACUUUAGAAGCAUAAGAGUCCUUAAGCCAUACUAAUGAUUUGUGGUGUUUGUAGCCAUUAAAUCUGGAAAAUGUUUUUUUUUAAAACAAAGUAGAUUAGGACGACAGUAAAAUGGAAAGGUUAAUUGACAUUCUAUGGUUGGAUUAGGUUAGCGUCUGUUAAACCUGCUGUUUCAUCCUACAAUAGCGCGUGCACUGGAUACUGUUCUUUUUUUUAACUUUCUUUCACCUGUUCAAUAAAUCUGUCUUAUUCUU